AUGAGAUAUUCCAUAUUAUUAUCGAUCGUUUAUUAUUUGUACUUCAGUAAAGCAAUAGAAGACGAAACAGCCCAAAAGCAAGAAGAAUUAAUUUGUAACCAAGAUAAAACUGAUUGCUAUCCUAAAAUAUUUGAACCAAGUUGGGAUUGGCAAAUUAUAAAACCUGGCCAAGAUAUUCCACCCGGAUUGCACGUAAGAUUAAACAUAGAUACCCUAAAGCGAGAAGCAAAAUUCAUGGACCCUGACGAACAAGAUACAAAUCACUUACAGGAAUUGGUGGUUGGCGAUAGUGCAGAAGUUUACGAUAGAAGUAAUGACGUGAACCACGAAAUGAAGAACGAGAACACCAAUGGGAACGAGAUACAAAAUGGUCGUAUUCACAGAGCGAAGGCUUCGCGAGAUGACUUGAGCAAUUUUGAUUCUGCGGUGUUGGAAGUUGAAGAUUUCCAAGGAAAUAAGGAGAGGUUAGCUGCUGCGUUGGACACGCUCACAGAGUUAUCACAUGACAUAGAAUUUGGGAUUGAGUUGACAAAAGAUAAGCAAAUCUUUGAUAGUUUAUUUAGGCUUGCUGAAAGCAUCAAAGAUAAUACAUUUGUGGAAAAGAUUUAUAGAAUAAUCGGAUCAACUUUAAGAAACAAUCCAGUCGCAAUCGAAAACGUUAUAACCAAUUUCGGUGAUGCAUUCUCAGUUGGUAUAUUUAACCAAUUACAUGGACAUUCUGAUGGGAUUAUCCAAAAAAGGAUUCUUGGAAUAAUACACGCUUUAACUCAAAAUAAUAAAUUCGUUGCCAAAUACUUCUCGUUCGAAAACAGUCGUGGAUUGGACGCUAUUAUAGAUAUAUACCCAGAAUUAGACUCCGAAUCGAGGAUUCGAGCAAGCAAUAUUCUAGAAGAUUUGAGUCUAUUUGGGAAGAGCAAUGAUAGAAGAUCUAUCGAACAAAGUACACCCGAUUUCGAAGUUUCCAAAUUUAUUCAAGAGUCUUUCGUCAAUGGUAGAACCAAUCCAGACAAUUUCAAAGUAUACUUCAAUAGGUUGAAAGAAUUGCACCAACGAAAUAAGGAUUUAAAGCCGUCAAAGAAGUUUUUGGGUUGGUUAUCCGAUCAAGUGGAAUCAAGAAAGGAACAUAAGAAAAGAGAUGAUUAUUCAGAUGAAGACAAAGAAUUUGACAAAGAAAUGCUAAUUGCAAGACAUGCGAUAUUUGGAAAUCCAAUGGGAUUACGCAAAUCCUUUGGUGAUGAGUUAUAG